AUGUCCACCGCUUCUCAAUGCCACCCGCCCGUCGUGCCGAUGCCGCGCUUGUCAAACGUCAUUGGCUGCGCGAGGGCGGUGAUCGCCAUCUUGGUCCUGGCGUUUACUGCCGCGAGCACUGGUAUUUGGGGUGGGUUUCCUGCCUUUGGUGUUACCCUGUUCACCGCGUCCGCCACCCUGAUCCUCUUCGCGUACUAUUUUAUUGCCCUUUCUCGCAGGCCAGAGCUCUACAAUCGUUGGGCCAUUCUUGCCCUCGAGAUCUGUGGCACGCUCUUGUGGUUGGUCAGCUUUGCCCUGUUGUCGCGGUGGACGAGCUUCUACCACCGUUUCUGGUUUGGCCACGGACAGAGUUAUGGGUUCUGGCACGCCCCCUUCAGGCCCUCGGACAUGGGACUGAGUACAAGGACGAUUGUUAAGAGGGAAUCCAGCAGCAGACGGGCAGGCGUGGCCCUCGCAGGGACUGCUGCUGGCCUCGGCGGUGCUGAAUUCAUUCUCUUUUGCAUUACCUUGACGGUGUUUGGGACGGCCCUUCACCGCCAGAGAGUGGCUGGGGCCGGUCAAGCUGCAGCCACCACUGCGCCGCCGACAGUCCCAGCCCCUGCCCCGACACCUGUUACAGAGGAGGAAAAGGUGGAGGAGGAAACGGCACUGGGUAAGCCAGAGCCUGUCGUCGUUGUUUGA